GCGACGCGGGCGGUUUCAGGCGGGAAUAAUGAAAGAACUCUUGGGUUUGUUGAAAUGGACAGACAGGAAAUGUAGUUGAUGUGGUUACCAUGAGGUUGGUGGUCGUGGUGUCUUGUCGUUGUUAUCUGAAUAAACUCGAAUAAUGGCGGUCGGAUUGGGACAAUGUCGCCGUCACGAGAGUCAGAAUCGUCUCCUGUCAAACCCUCAGAUGUUUCCACCCACCAUCGAUGAAUCCGACAUGUGGCGAUCCAACACUGGCCUUGUUCGGCGCUUCGUCCUCCGAUUUGUUCUCCGUCCAACAUCAAGACGCGCUCGCUUCAGCCUCUUCGUCAUAGGCUUCUUGCUCGUGUUCCACGGCCUUGCACAACGUUGCAGUAUUGUACUUAACAACAAAUGGUACCUAGGUUUGGUGCCUAUGUUUGGUGCCUAACUGGUAGAUCUACUGAGUACUUCUAAUAUCGCAAAAAGGGUUAUUAUCCCAGUCGCUACAAAACUGCUGGCAAUAUCGCUCUCACUUCUGCCGUCAAACUGAUGUGAGUCUGUGCCAGGAUAGAGAACAUUCCCUCGAUAUGAGCCCGAAAACCAACGAAAUGUUUUCAACCGAUGUUGCUUCAUUUGUGCAACAUUUGCAAUCCUCCAGACGCAUUGUCGCACUCGUAGGGGCAGGCAUCUCGGCCUCGAGUGGUCUCCCUACGUUUCGCGGGGCUGGAGGUUUCUGGCGAAAGUACGACGCUACGAUGCUGGCCACUCCCGAAGCCUUUGAGCAGGACCCGGCUCUUGUAUGGCAGUUCUACUCGUACAGACGCCAUAUGGCACUCAACACGAAGCCCAAUCGAGCACAUCUUGCUUUGGCCGAAUUGGCUCGGCGAAAUCCGAACUUCCUUACACUCAGUCAGAACGUUGAUGGCCUGAGUCCAAGGGCAGGUCAUCCCCCAGAGCAACUCAAGCUUCUGCACGGGUCCUUGUUCGACGUGAAAUGCUGGGACGAGGACCGUUGCGGCUACGUACGUAAAAAUGAUUUCACGGACCCCAUUGUGCCAGCGUUGGCCCUGCCAGCGGAGGGCGAAGGGCUUCCUGCCGAUUCCCUGUUGAGGGAGGCCAUUGAGAAGAAGAAACAUGCAUUGGUUCGUGGAGCCGACAUUUCAGAUGUCAAUGUCGCGCUUCCAACCAUAAAGCAGGAAGAUCUAGCUCAUUGUCCACAGUGUAAGGUAAACCUCCUCCGGCCUGGAGUGGUCUGGUUCGGAGAGUCGUUGCCUGAAGAUGUCAUGAGAGACGUCAGCCACUGGUUUCAGCAGCCAGAAAAGAUUGAUCUCAUGUUGGUGAUUGGCACAAGCUCAAAGGUGUAUCCUGCGGCGGGUUACACGCAGUUGGCGCGAGCGAAGGGCGCCCGGGUGGCCGUCGUCAAUAUGGACCCCGGGGACGCCAGGGAACUGACAAAGCGGGAUUGGUUCUUUGAAGGAGACGCAGCAAAGAUUGUGCCUGAUAUCCUCAAGAGCGUGGUGGGCGAGAUUGGCGAGUUUGUGGAAAUUGAAGCAGCCGCCCGUUGAGAAGGCGGGAGGACUGCAUUUACGACGGAUAUGAAUAUGACAGCUGACGAAGCGGGCGAGUAGCUGAAGCCAUGAUAGUGCCACAGGCAGAGUCUAGAUGAGGAUUCAUGGCUGUGAGACGCCCUGACCGGACGGCUGGGAACACAGGGAUGUAUCUCUAAUGCAGUCGUAAUACAGAUCCCUGUUGUAGCUGGACGCCUGAGUCGGUGGGCGGACUUCGGCCUUGACUGGCAUCGACAGUCAGGUCGUGGUGGUGGUGGUGGUGGUUGUUGUAUCAGUACAGGUGGUAGUGGGUGCGUAGUCGUGUCUGUCGUAGCUGGCGUGUUCUUGGGGGCUGGACAAAACAAUCAGCAAAAGAACUUCAAACUUCCCUCG